AUGGCUUGUCGUGAGAUUGCGGGGUCUGUAGAGGCACGGACGUGCUUUGAGCAGUGUUAUAUUUAUAUCGGGGAUCGAACCCAGAACCUUGCCCUUGCCAGGCAGGCGCGGAGCCGAAAAGGUGAUUUGGAAAUAGUGAUUUGCUUGUUCCAGUUUCUGGUAAAUGUUUCUCAUGGUAGAAAACCUGGGAAGCCAGCCUUUGCAUCCGUCUCUGUCAGUACCCAGCACGGCUCCAUUCUUCAAAUUAAUAAUACAUCAGAAGAGAGGGAAGUUUGUAGGUUGGAAUACAAAUUUGGAGAAUUUGGAAACUAUUCUCUCUUGGUAAAGGACACUCACAAUGGAGUUGAUGAAAUUGCUUGUGACCUGGUUGUUAAUAAGAAUCCAGUUGACAGUAACCUUCCUGUUUGGGUCUCAUUCAUUGUUGGUCUAGUGCUCAUCAUUGCAAUAUCCUUCCUAAGGUUCUUGUUGAGUUUGGAAGAAUUUAAGAAUUUUGUUUCUAAGACAAUAAAUUCUCGAGAAACUGAUCAUCUCAUCAAUUCUGACCUGGGAUCCCCCAGCAGGGCACACUCACUCACUGGUGAUCCUCAGCCAGAAACACAGCGUACGUCUGCCUUAGGCUACCGCUUCCGCUGCCUGGACACGUUCAGGGGGAUAGCUCUUGUCCUCAUGGUCUUCGUUAAUUAUGGAGGAGGAAGAUAUUGGUACUUCAAACAUUCUGGUUGGAAUGGACUGACCGUGGCUGACCUUGUAUUCCCAUGGUUUGUAUUUAUUAUGGGAUCUUCAGUUUUGCUAUCAAUGACUUUCAUACUUCAGCGGGGAUGUUCUAAAUUCAAAUUAUUGGGGAAAAUUGCAUGGAGGAGUUUUCUUUUAAUAUGUAUAGGACUUGUCAUUGUGAACCCCAAUUAUUGCCUUGGUCCAUUGUCUUGGGAUAAGGUACGAAUUCCCGGUGUGCUGCAGCGGUUGGGAGUUACGUACUUUGUGGUUGCUGUAUUGGAGCUCCUGUUUGCUAAACCCAUACCUGAAAACUGUGUCUCGGAGAGAAGCUGCCCUUCCCUCCAAGAUAUCACCUCCAGCUGGUCCCAGUGGCUCCUCAUUCUGCUGCUGGAAAGCGUUUGGCUGGGCUUGACGUUUUUAUUACCAGUUCCUGGAUGUCCUACUGGGUACCUUGGCCCUGGUGGUAUUGGAGACUUGGGGAAGUAUGCAAACUGUACUGGAGGAGCUGCAGGUUACAUUGACCAACUGCUCCUAGGAAGUAAUCACCUGUACCAGCAUCCUUCUUCUACGGUGCUGUAUCACACGAAAGUGCCCUAUGAUCCAGAAGGAAUCUUAGGGACCAUCAACUCCAUUGUGAUGGCAUUUUUAGGAGUUCAGGCAGGAAAAAUAUUACUGUGUUACAAAGGUCAGACCAAAAACAUCCUCAUUAGAUUCACUUCCUGGUGUUGUGUUCUUGGGCUUAUUUCUAUUGCUUUGACAAAAAUGUCUGAGAACGAAGGCUUUAUUCCCAUAAACAAAAAUCUCUGGUCCAUUUCCUAUGUCACCACACUUAGUGCUUUUGCCUUCUUCAUCCUGCUGGCCUUGUACUUGGUUGUUGAUGUGUGUGGACUGUGGUCAGGAACCCCAUUCUUCUAUCCAGGAAUGAAUUCUAUUCUGGUGUAUGUUGGCCACGAGGUGUUUGAGAACUACUUCCCCUUUCAAUGGAAGCUGGAUGAUAACCAGUCACACAAAGAACAUUUAAUUCAGAAUAUAGUUGCCACUACUCUCUGGGUGCUCAUCGCCUACAUUCUCUACAAAAAGAAGAUUUUUUGGAAAAUUUGAUAGGAACCACAAAAACGUGUUGCUGGAAGGGCCUAGUGGUCUGGGGAAGUAUUGAAACUGCCUUUAUCAAAUAAGGAAUCAUCAGUGAUAAAAUCGAUAGUUUGUGUGUUUCCAGAUUAUUGGGAAAUGCUGAACUAAAUUUUGCUCUCUGGAAUGCCUUACAUGACUUAUCAGAUAUUUCUCUAUAUAUUUGUGACAUGUAUAUAUUGGAAUCUUAUAGUCUUUUUUUUCCAUCUUAUACAGAAAUGGAUAUAUUUGGAGCUGCAUUCAAUAGAAAUUGUACCUUUUUUUUCUCCUUUUUUUUUUUUUGAGACAAGGUCUCCCUAUGUAGUUCAGGCUGGCCUUGAAAUCACUUAGUGUAGCCCACGCUGGCCUCAAACUCAUGGUGAUCCUCCUGCCUCCCAAGUGCUGGGAUUAUGGAUGUGAGCCAUUUGGAUACCGGGAGUGUUUUGCUUCUGCAACGAAUAAAACAACCUAAGAUCUGAGGGCUGGGGACAUGGCUCUGUGGUAGACCCCUUACCUCAUACACUCAAGGCCUUGGUUGGAUCCCUAGUGCUGCAAACACAAACAUAAAUAAAUAAACCCAAACGAUUUAACCCCUGAGUCUUAUGAUCAUGUUUUCC